AUGACUACAACCUCAAACCUAACGGUGGCUUCGCCGAAUAUAAAAUAUACCGACGAUUAUAUAUUUUCCCAGUAUGAAUAUCAGGAAACUCUUGUUAAUACGGUGGAUAACAAGUUAGUGGCAAAGCCCUACAGUACAUCACUAUCAAUUCGAACUGAUCGAAGAGUGGGAAAAGUUGGUGUUAUGUUGGUGGGUUGGGGCGGCAACAAUGGAUCAACAUUCACAGCUGCCGUUAUUGCUAACAGAGAGAAGCUGACUUGGAACACCAAAGAUGGAGAGAUGGAUUCUAAUUGGUAUGGUUCUAUAACUCAAGCAUCCACAGUUCGUCUCGGUAUUGAUGAGAGGGGUAUGGACGUGUAUGUUCCUAUGUCACAGUUGCUGCCAAUGGUCGAUCCUAAUGAUUUGGUUAUAGAUGGAUGGGAUAUAAGUCCCAUGAAUCUAGCAGACGCCAUGGUGCGCGCCAAGGUCAUAGACUACGACCUGCAGCAGAAGCUGCGCAAGAAGAUGCAGCACAUGAAACCCCGACCAGCUAUAUACGAUCCGGAUUUCAUAGCUGCCAACCAGGCUGAUCGUGCAUUAAACCUCAUCCGCGGCACUCGUCACGAACAGUACCUUCAGAUAAGGGCUGACAUCAAAGACUUCAGAAGCAAGAACAAGUUGGAUAAAGUCAUUGUGUUGUGGACAGCGAACACUGAAAGAUUCUGUGAAGUAACUCCAGGUGUUCAUGAUACGGCUGAGAACUUGGAGAAGGCUUUACAGCAGAAUGUAUCCGAGGUGUCUCCUUCAACUAUCUUCGCUAUGGCAGCUGUCGAUGAAGGGUGCUGCUACAUCAACGGCUCGCCCCAGAACACGUUGGUCCCUGGGUUAGUAGAACUCGCUGAGCGGCGCGGGGUCUUCGUGGCUGGUGAUGACUUCAAGUCCGGACAAACCAAGCUCAAAUCAGUGCUGGUAGACUUCCUGGUCACAGCCGGUCUGAAACCUGUAUCCAUAGUGAGCUACAAUCAUCUAGGUAACAACGACGGAAAGAACCUCUCCGCUCCCAAACAGUUCCGCUCUAAAGAGAUCACCAAGAGCAACGUGGUGGACGACAUGGUGGAGGCGAACCGUCUGCUGUACGCGGAGGGGGAGAAGCCCGACCACGUGGUCGUUAUUAAAUACGUGCCGUAUGUGGGUGACUCCAAGCGCGCCAUGGAUGAAUACACGUCUAAGAUCUUGCUGCACGGAACCAAUACUAUCGCUGUACAUAAUACGUGCGAGGACUCUCUACUGGCCACGCCGCUUAUACUGGACCUGGUGCUGUUAGCGGAGCUGUUUACACGGGUCAGCUUCAGGAGGGAUGAGGCUGAAGAGUGGAGCCCCAUGCACGCGGUUCUCUCCCCGCUGGCGUACUUAUUGAAGGCGCCACUAGUGCCGGCCGGCGCGCCCGUAGUCAACGCCUUGUUCAAACAGCGAGCCAACAUAGAGAACCUACUGCGAGCUUGUCUGUCCCUACCACCCAUACAUCACUUGCAACUAGAACACAAGGUACCGUUCUUGAUGAAGGAUCUUCGUUCAGGCGCCAUGUUCGAGUCGCCGCCCAAGAAACAGAAGAUUUCCCACCAGAACGGAGAUCACUGA